AUGGCCGCCGCGGAGGCGCUGGCGGGUGUGGCGCUGGCGCUGGGCCUCUACGCCUUGCUCUAUUACAACUUCAUCAAAGGGGCCACGUGCAAGAACGAGACCAGCCUGCGGGGCAAGACGGUGCUGAUCACGGGUGAGAAUCGCCCCCGGAAGACGGGGGGCAGCGCGGUGCAGUGGUUAGAGCGUCCGAAGAGGGUCUGCGGGAGCUCCCGCUUUGAGGUUUCCUGUCCCUUGAUCCCCAGGAAAAAAACUCCAGAUCAGCCUGAGCAACAUGCAGCCUUGUGCAAAGAUAUAUACGAGGGGACUCCCUGUGUCAAAAACAAAACAAAACACUAGAGGCAAAGUGGGUCAGGUCAGUGGCAAAAAAGUUAUCAGGUUUGACAGGAGGGAUGAGCAGCUAAUGGCUGCUGGGCCAAACCUGCCCUCCUGUUGCCAAGCAGAGAUGUGCAGAGGAGGGCUUGGGUAAUUAUGAUGUGUUGAGUAAGGGUGCACACCCAGAGAUGGAGAAACCUGUGGCGCUUUUCCUGUUCUGGGACUCCCAGAAGCCCCAGGCAGCAUGGCUCAGUCAGGAUGAAGAUUACAGCUCCUCCAUUUCCAACCCAAGCUGGAAAUGAAAUAGAAGAGGGUUGGCAUUUAAGAGGCGCCCCACAGAGGUGACAGGUUGGUUAUAUAUAAAUUUAUUAUAUAUAAUACAGUGGUAUCUCGGUUUACGAAUUUAAUCCAUUCUGGAAGUCUGUUUUUAAACCAAAACCAUUCUUAAACUGAGGUGCGCUUUUCCUAACGAGGCCUCCUGCCGCCGGUGCCCUUCCACUGUUUGGAUUCUGUUCUUGUUGUUGUUUAGUUGUUUAGUCGUGUCUGACUCUUCGUGACCCCCUGGACCACAGCAUGCCGGGCACUCCUGUCUUCCACUGCCUCCCACAGUUUGGUCAAACUCAUUCCGUUCUUAGACUGAGGUCAAGUUCUCAAACCAAGACACUAUUUCCACUUUUGCGGAGUUUGUAAACCAAAUAGUUCUUAAACCGGACUGUUCUUAAACCGAGGUACCACUGUACCGUGGUACCUCAGGUUAAGAACUUAAUUCGUUCUGGAGGUCUGUUCUUAACCUGAAACUGUUCUUAACCUGAAGCAUCACUUUAGCUAAUGGGGCCUCCUGCUGCUGCCACGCCACCGGAGCACGAUUUCUGUUCUCAUCCUGAAGCAUAGUUCUUAACCCACGGUACUGUUUCUGGGUUAGCAGAGUCUGUAACCUGAAGCGUAUGUAACCCGAGGUACCACUGUAUAUUAUCAGGGGACUGAUAAUGGUGCCCUGGUCACCUGGCAGCUGGCCCUGAGAUGGGGGCCCUCUGUUGAACUUCAGCUCCCAUCAGAGGGCUCCAGCGCUUUAUUCAGGGGGUCUGUGAUGUGCCUGAGGGUUUGUAGUGGAAGAUGAGAGACAGCACAUCCAUAGCAUUCAAUAUUCGUAUGUAUUGUUUUGUAUUCUGCUACAAUUUGAGCUCUCCUAAGAAUGUAAGGGGGACGCGGGUGGCGCUGUGGGUUAAACCACAGAGCCUAGGACUUGCAGCGGGAAGGUAAACGGCGUUUCCGUGCGCUGCUCUGGUUCGCCAGAAGCGGCUUAGUCCUGCUGGCCUCAUGACCCGGAAGCUGUACACUGGCUCCCUCGGCCAAUAAAGCAAGAUGAGCGCCGCAGCCGACUGGACCUAAUGGUCAGGGGUCCCUUUACCUUUUACCUUUUAAGAAUGUAAGGAAAGAGCCUGGCUGCUGGAUGAGGCAAAUGGCGCAUCUGGUUCAACCUCCUGUUCUGGUGGGCGCCCAGCUGCCCCUAUGGGAAGCCCACAAGCAGGGCCUGAGCCCAGGAGCCACUCCCCUCUCCCGCUGUUUCCAGCAACUGGCCUUCAGAAGCAUGUACUGCUGUGGAAUUCACAUUAUAAUGCAACAAAGUGCAGCCUGUAAGAAAUAAAGGAUGUAGUGAAAAUGCAGUUAAAAACCAUACAGCACCUAGCACAGCUCAUUACAAUUGCCACAGCAGGUAGAAAAAUCAUUCGGGGGUCCGCCAAGACCCUCGACAAAUUUCAAGCAGCCAGUAAGCCCCGCCGCCACCAAACACACAUUUUGGGAACCACUGCUCUAGAUCAUUCUUUUCCCCGGACUUUUCCAGGUGGAAACACUGGGAUUGGAAAGGCAACGGCCCUGGAUCUGGCCCGGAGGGGAGCCCGUGUCAUCCUAGCUUGCCGGGACAGAGAGCGAGGAGAAUCCGCCGUCUAUGACAUAAGGAGGGUGAGUACCGGCCACCUGCCUCCUUCGAAAGGGCAGCGUUUAUUUCUUUGGCUCCACUUAGAAAUCACUUCCCUUGAACUAUCUUGAAGCGAUUUCACAGUAAAAUCAUGUCAUAAUGGAAUCUGAACAGUCAGCCCUUCCUUCUAGAAAGCUGGGAGGUCUAGCUUUCUAGGAGAAUUCACCAACCUGCCGCUCUCCCAACAGCAUCACACAGCUGUCUGUGUGAGAGUUGUAGUUCAGAAGAUCUGGGAGGCACCACGUUAGAAAAGUCUACCUUAGUGGUAUUAAGGUGCUGGUUUUGAUCUUUAAAGCCUUUUGUGGCUUAAGGCCCUCGUAUUUACAGGACCGGCACUCCUGGUCUGCCCCACAGAGGACCUUACGGGCCAUGAAUAAUCAUAGUUUAGAGGUCCUGGGUCCUAAGGAAGUCAGACUAUCCUCCACCAUUAAUUAUGAUGAUGAUGAUGUUGAUGAUGGUGAUGAUGAUGACAUUGGGGUGGGGGUGCUUGGAGGAUGUUUUCCCACAAUGCACUUGCAGGGAAUAAUAUCAAGUUGCCCCAUACAGCAUUGGCAUUUAGGAGCCUGCUUAAAACUCACCUCCUCACCUGGCUUUUUCUGGGAUGGGGGUGGUGGUGAAGCAGCUCCACUGCUGAUUUACUAAUCUGAUCUACUGAUUUAUGAUGUAUCUCGUAUUUGUUUUAGGAAUGUAGUUCUAUUGUUUAUGCUUUAUGCCAUUCACCACCAUCAUAUUUUCCCCCUUAUUGUUGAUCGUCUGGGGGGAAAGGAAAUUGCAAAAGAAAUAAGAAAAUAAAUCCGAAGUCUGGAUCUGUGGCCGUAAUAAUAAUAAUAAUAAUAAUAAUAAUAAUAAUAAUAAUAAUUUAUUUAUAUCCCGCCCUCCCCAGCUGAAGCCGGGCUCAGGGCGGCUAACAACAAUCAAAUAAUCCAACAUUCUAAAAAACAUUUCAUUAUAAAAAUUGAUUAAAAUCAAAUUGGUGGCAACCAUUAAGCAAAACUUGUGUGCAGAUAGCCAAAGGAGGGAGUCAGACUGUGCCUUGGCCAAAGGCCUGGUGGAACAGCUCUGUCUUGCAGGCCCUGCAGAAAGAUGUCAGGUCCCGCAGGGCCCUAGUCUCUUGUGACAGAGCGUUCCACCAGAUUGGAGCUGCAGCCGAGAAAGCCCUGGCUCUAGUUGAGGCCAGCCUAACCUCUCUGUGGCCUGGGACCUUCAGGAUGUUUUUAUUUGCAGACUGUAGGUUCCUCUGUGGGACAUACCAGGAGAGGCGGUCCCGUAGGUACGAGGGUCCUAGGCCGUAUAGGGCUUUAAAGGUUAAAACCAGCACCUUAAACCUGAUCCUGUACUCCACCGGCAGCCAGUGCAGCUGGUAUAGUACCGGAUGAAUGUGGUCUCGCAGCGAAGACCCCAUAAGGAGUCUCGCCGCAGCAUUCUGCACCCGCUGGAGUUUCUGGGUCAGUCUCAAAGGCAGCCCCACGUAGAGCGAGUUACAAUAAUCCAGUCUGGAGGUGACCGUUGCGUGGAUCACAGUGGCUAGGUCAGGGCGAGAGAGAUAAGGAGCCAACUGCUUAGCUUGGCGGAGAUGAAAAAAUGCCGCCUUUGUUAUAGCUGUAAUCUGCGCCUCCAUAGAGAGGGAGGUAUCGAAGAUUACACCCAAACUCUUAACGGACGGUGCUGGCACUAAUUGCACCCCCGCAAGAGAUGGGAGUUGCCCCCCCAAUCCCAUAUCGUCCCGUCCCAGCCACAGGACCUCUGUCUUCGAAGGAUUUAGCUGCAACCGGCUCCCACGUAACCAUCCAGCCACAGCUUCCAGACAUCUGGUCAGUGUGUCUGGGGCCGAGUCAGGAUGGCCAUCCAUCAACAGAUAGAGUUGGGUGUCACUGACAUACUGAUGGCAACCCAGCCCAAAACUCCAGACAAGCUGGGUGAGGGGGUGCAUAAAGAUGUUAAAAAGCAUCAGGGAGAGUAUCGCAUCCUGAGGAACUCCACACACCAAGGGGUGGCGCGAUGACAAUUCACCCCCAAGCGCCACCCUCUGUCCCCGACCAGAGAGAAAUGAGCACAGCCAUUGAAGGACUGUGCCCUGGAUCCCCACGUCAGCAAGGCGGUGGUCCAGGAGUUCGUGAUCGACCAUGUUGAAGGCUGCUGACAGGUCUAGAAGAAUCAGCAGCCCCGACCCGCCUCGAUCCAGCUGCCUGCAGAGAUCAUCUGUUAGGGCAACCAGAGCCGUCUCGGUCCCAUGACCAGCGCGGAAGCUGGACUGGAAUGGAUCCAGAGCCGAUGUUUCAUCCAGAAACCUGCCAAGCUGUUCAGCAACCGCUCUCUCAAUCACCUUACCCAAGAAUGGAAGAUUCGAAACCGGGCGGUAAUUGGAUAGAUCUAAGGGAUCUAAUGAUGUUUUAUUUAAGAGCGGGCGCACCACUGUCUCCUUCAGUUCUCCUGGGAAUAUCCCAGUGCCAAGGGACAAAUUGAUUUUUCCAGAGCUUAAUUGGCAUGUGAAUCUUCAGAUAACCUGAGCAUAAGAGCCAGGCUGCUGGAUCAGGCACUGGAUCCACCCCCAUCGUUCUGCCCGGACACUGAGGUCCAGCUCUGAGGGCCUUCUGGCAGUUCCCUCCCUGCGAGAAGCCAAGUUACAGGGAACCAGGCAGAGGGCCUUCUCGGUGGUGGUGCCCGCCCUGUGGAACGCCCUCCCAUCAGAUGUCAAAGAGAAAAAUAACUACCAGACCUUUAGAAGACAUCUGAAGGCAGCCCAGUUUAGGGAAACUUUUAACGUUUGAUGGAUUACUGUAUUUUAAUAUUUUGUUGGAAGCCUCCCAGAGUGGCUGGGGAAGCCCAGCCAGAUGGACGGGGUAUAAAUAAUAAAUUAUUAUUAUUAUUAUUAUUAUUAUUCAGAAGCAUGUACUGCCUCUGAGCCCAAACUCUGUGGAAUCCACAUUAUAAUGCAACAGAAUGCAACCUGUAAGAAACAAAGGACGUAGUGAAAACGCAGUUGAAAACCAUACAUCAUCUAGCACAUCUCAUUACAAUUGCCACAGCAGGGUAUAUAAAUAAAUUAUUAUUAUUAUUAUUAUUAUUUAUUAUUAUUAUUCUAGCCCAGCCUCCACUUCUCACAGUGGCCAAUCUGGUGCCUUCUGUGGGAAGCCCAUAAGCAGGAUCUGAGCACAAGCCCAACUCUCCUGCAGCUUCGAGAAACAGGCCUAGAUUCUGAGCAAGACCAUGGUGUGGCAUAGCAAAGGGAGCCUGGCUGUGGCCUGGCUCUGGGAGCGGGACAGGGGGCAAACUUUCUUGCUAGGGCUAAACGCUCCUUGUGUUUUACCCCCCUGCUCAGGAAAGUGGGAACAAUGAAGUUCUCUUUAUGAACGUGGACUUGGCCAGCUUCAAGUCAGUGAGAGCUUUUGCAGCGGCUUUCUUGAAAUCUGAGCCCCGCCUUGACAUUCUCAUCAACAAUGCAGGUGAGAUUUGGGGAAGGGGCACAGCUGCUUUGCAUGCAGAAGGUCCAAGGUUUUCAGUCCCCAAUGGCAUCCCCAGGUAGGACUGGGAAUGUCCCUGCCUGAAACUCUGGAAACCCACCGCUAGUCAGUGUAGCCAAUAUUGAACUAGUUGGAUCUGAUUGUGUAUUAUUAUGACAGCUUCCUGUGUUCCUGUUUAAAUCUUCUUCUUCUUCAAAACCACGAGGGCUGAAAUCCUGCUUUACUUUUAGGGGAAGGGCUAUAGCUCAGUGGUAGAGCACCUGCUUUGCAUGCAGAAGGUCUAAAGUUCUGUUCCCAACAGCAUCUCUAAGUAGGACUUACCAAGGCAGAAUAGAGCAGAGCUAUCCUGGUUCUGUCUUCUAUGGCAUUCACUACCCAUCCAGUUUGGUGUCAUCUGCAGUUUUUUUAAAGAAAUAUUUUUAUUAACAAUUUCAACAUACAAACUAUCAAAACAUAUCAUAUUCAUUAUUCCCCAUCCUUUUUCCCCAUAUCCCCCCUUCAAACCCUACCUCCCCAGAGACUUCCCUUAGCUCCUCUCUCUGAUUUUUCAGGACAUAUUGUUCUCUGCAUGUUACAUGUCCUUACAUUAUCUACCCUGUUAUCGACCAAUAAAUUUGUGUAUUUUUACUCAAAAUUUGCCAGGGAGUCCAGUUCAUUUUGUUGUCUUUUAAAAUAAUUUGUAAAAAGCUCCCAUUUUUCCUUAAAGUCACAGUUGUCCUUGUCCCGCAAUUUAUAAGUCAAUUUAGCCAGUUCUGCGUAGCUCAUCAAUUUUUCUUGCCACUGUUCUUUCCUUGGGAUUUCCUGGUUCUUCCAUCCUUGUGCUAUCAAGAUUCUUGCCGCUGUUGUAGCAUACAUAAAUAAGUUAUUUGUUUUUCUUGGAAGAUCUUGUCCUACAAUCCCUAACAGAAAUGCUUCUGGGUUUUUUUUUCAAAUGUCAUUUUAAACAUUUUUUCAAUUAACUGUAUAUCAUUUCCCAAAAAAAUUUCACUGUCAUCUGCAGAUUUGUUGAGCAUCCCCUCAAUUCCUUCAUCCAAGUCAUUUAUAAAGACAUUUAUAAAUACAUUUCUAAAUACAUUUAUAAAGACAUUGGGGCCUGGCAUGGUUGGUAGUUACCUGGGUCUUCUUGCUAAACAGGUGUGUCUCAAAGAGCUGGCAGAAUGCCAGUAGUGAUGGGGGGCUCUUAUAUUUCAGCAGGGUGAGCCUCCCACAGAAAUGGGGCCACCAGAGGCAUGCCGCACUUCUUUAAUCCAACCUCAUUUUCUGGUAGGCGUCAGGACUGGAAGCCGAAGCAGCGACGGCUUGAAUUUGGCGUUCCAGGUGAAUCACUUGAGUCAUUUCCUUCUGACCCACCUCCUCCUGGAGCGGAUGAAGCAGUGUGCACCCAGCCGUGUGGUGGUGGUGGCUUCCAGUGGACAUCGGUGGGGGAAGAUUGACUUUCAGAACAUCCACAAGCCAGUGGAUGGGCAGUCGCCAGGGGUCCAAUCCUACAGAAACAGCAAACUGGCCAAUAUGCUGUAUACCCGGGAGCUUGCCAAUCGACUGGAAGGGACAAACGUUACCUGCUACGCUGUCCAUCCAGGUGGGUAGCAGGUCCAGCUCAGCUCCUGCCUCCACUUGGGACCCUCCAUAGUGGGGUCUGGAGCCCUUGGGGGACUGGAGGGGCAGAAAGCAAGGAGCCCAACAAUAGACAGAGCCAAAACCAGGGAAGGGCAGAGACAGAGUCAAUUGCAGGUGGAAGUUCUGUCCCCUUCCUCAUCCUUAUCCCUGCAGAGAAUCCCUGCAGAGAAUUACAAGGGGCAACACUGAGACUAUGGAAGAGAAGGGAGCUGAUGGGCAGGACCACCCUGUGGGCUGGUUGUAAGUAGGAAGGGUGGCAGAUGGGGACUGUCUGAGAAGCAGACUUCCAUUGGUCCUCUAGAUGCUGUUGGGCUCCCAUCAUUCCUGACCGUUGACUGAGCUAACUGGGGUCCUACAACAUCUGCAGGACAGGGUCUUUGCUAUCUGGAGGGCCAGUAACUCCAGAGAUUCCUGUGCAGCUCACCUUUUCAUUCAUCGCCCUAGAACAUACAUUCCUUUUGCAAAUUUCUUGGUCGUCAUUGCCAUCUGCAACUAGACUAGCCUUUGGCAACCUGAUACCUGUAGCCUUCCCAAAACAAGGAAGGAUUGGACCCUGAUUAAUAGAAUACACAUGAGCCUUGACCAGCAAGACUCUGGGAGGAGGUGCCAAUAAUAAUUCCUGUCCACCCCUCGGCCCAGGUCGUUUUAUUCACGUAAGAACUUUUUACACAGUGUUCGUAAGAACCAAUCAGAUUUCCUCUGAGCAUUUCAAAAACCCCACGUGGGACAAAGUUAAAAGUUAAAACUACAAAGAGCUAAUUUGAGCAUACAUAGUAGUCCAGAGUAAAUAAAAGAGGAAGCAAGGAGGAAUGCUUUUAGGAAAACCCCGGAGGUCAUAAACAGGAGUAAACAGGAGAGGAAGGAUGGGUAGUAUUUACCAUCUCUUUGUGAACUCUCUUCCUGAACUCUUAUGAUCUAUCUAAAGAUUAAACUACAUCAAAGUAACUUACUAUCUUUAUGUAGUGUGGAUGCCCAGUGAACAACUGGCCUGUGUAUUUAGAAUGCUUAUACGUGCCUGUCAGGUGUAUAGAGAACACAUGGUAGAGAUGGAGAGGCUUGUGGGAUUUGAUCAGAAAUUAUUGUCAAUGAAUCAAACCCAGUCAACACAAUGCUUUCAUAGCGGACACAAUGACUUGAUGCAUGUUUUAGAAUUCCUCAUCGUAAUCCCAUCAGAUCACUACAAUGCCCUUCAGGUGCUUUGAAUGACGACUGCCAUCAGCUCCAGUCAUACUAGUGGAUACUAGCUAGAUGGAACCUCCAGUAUCAAAGGAAGUUGACCUCUAAACACCAGCUGCUGCUGCUGAGGAAGCGCUGUUCUGCUCAUGUCAGGCUUCCCAGAUGGGGCAUCUGGUUGGCCCAAACAUAAAAGAGAAUGUUAAACAAGAUGGACCUCCAUUCAGUUCUAGCUACUGAUUUUUUUUCUCUUUCAGGGCUUGUUAACACUGAAUUAUUCCGUCACAUGUCGAUCUGGCUGAAGCCUCUUUUCUGGCUCUUCUUCCGAGACACGACCAGCGGAGCUCAGACGUCCAUCUACUGUGCCACUGAGGAAGGCAUUGAGAAGUACAGCGGGCGCUAUUUUGCCGAUUGCAGGCUGCAUGACCCCAAGCCACAUGCCCGGGACGACGCCGUGGCCAAGAAACUUUGGGAAGUCAGCGAGAGGAUGGUGGGGCUGGCGAACUAG